CUCGCUCGCCAUUGAAGUUUGCUCCGACAUGCACUUGGUGUCGAACACACCGCUCUCGAGCCCGUUAGCGCCAUCCAACCCAAACUUACGUCAUCUUGAGCUCCAUGUAGCUCGGUCGUCGCGGGCAGUCGCGCGGUCAGAGAUGCGUGCAGGCAGUCGCAAGGGCCCCAGCGCAGCACCAGAGGCCGGCCCCGCUGUGGCCGAGGACGCGCAGCGCUACUACAAGCCUUCCUUCUCCGUGGACCCCUGGCAGCAGCUGAAGGAUGCGCCCCCGCGGGUGUGGGGCCAGGAAGCCCCGGCAGUCGCCUCGACUUCCUCAAACGCCGAAUACAGCAGGCGGGGCGCCGACGGCGGCAGUAGGGGGACGGCGCGCAGUGGCGGCCGGGGCGGCAGGGGGCGGCAGACGCAAAGCAGAGGCGGACCGCAGCAGCAUCAGCGGUGGCAUUCCCCAGAUGAAGCUCAUGAGCCCGUGCCACAGACAGGAAAUGGAGAAGGCUACGGUGGUGGCGACACGCACGCGGCGUCAAGGCCGCGGAGAUUGCAGCCGCCGCCGCCGCCGCAGCAGCAGCAGCAGCGCCAGUGGCCGCCUCACGCCGCCGACGCAUCACAUGCUGCAGACGGCGCCGCCCUAGGUCAGUGGGCAGCUGCCGGACUGGAGGCGGGCGGUGGCGCUCAGGGACCGGAGGAGGCAGGCGGUGGUCGAGGCAGGGGCGGCCGCCACCGCCACCGCGGUGGUGGGCGGGGCAGGGGCGGUGGUGGUGGUGGUGGUGGUGGUGGUGGUGGUGACGUGAGUGAGGCGGGGCGCGGUGGUGAGAGCGCAGAGCGGGGGCGGGGGCGGGGGCGCGGGUGGCGUGGCGGUCGUCAGUAAGCGGCAGCACACCGCAGGAGGGGACGGAGGGGGCGGGGCGGAGGAGGAUGGCGUGCCUGCACGUGCGGGUGGUCAGCAAUGCUGAGGACGCAGCGGCGGGAUACAGGCACAGGGCACGGCUGGGAGGCAUCGGGCAUAGGGCCUGACGCUGACCCGCAGACCGCAGUCUUGGGUACGCGAUGGGACAGGGUUUAGGCAGGUUGGCGAGGUCCAGGUCGCAGUCUUGGGUGGCGGCGGCGCUGGCAGGCCCCGCAAGCCGACUGGUUUGCGGUGUGACAUGACUGCACCAAGAGGGACGC